AUGUCCCCCCGCCAAGUCUCACCCAGACACAUGCCCGACAUCACCCUGCCCGCAUCCUACGACGACCUCAAUGCCCAGUGGACUUGCAUCCGCACCACGCACCACGCCGCCGAGCCCGGCAUCAUCGUCCUCACGCUCUACCGCCCGGGCAAGCACAAUGCCUUUACGGACACGAUGCGCGCCGAGAUGGAGCGGGCGUACGCCAUGUUCGAUGCUGACGCGCGAGUGAGGUGCAUUGUCGUGACGGGCGACGGGAGGAUCUUUUGCGCGGGCGCGGAUCUCGACGUUGGGUUUGGAGGCGGCGUUGCCGGGGAGGAGGCGGAGAGGGUGCAGGAUCAUCGGGACGGCGGCGGCCGCGUGACCCUCUCCAUCUUCCACUGCCGCAAGCCCACCAUAGGCGCGCUGCAGGGCUCCGCAGUCGGCAUCGGCAUCACCAUGACGCUCCCCAUGAACAUCCGGCUGUGCUACCGCGACGCGAAAAUCGGCUUCGUCUUCGCCCGCCGCGGUCUCGUCAUGGAAGCCUGCUCAUCCUUCUUCCUGCCGCGCCUCAUCGGGCACUCGCGCGCCAUGCAGGCCGUCACCACGGGGAGCGUGUACCUCGCCAGGGACAAGGUGUUUGAUGGCUUGUUCAGCGAGCUGUUGGACUCGCCCGACGAGGUGCUGCCGCGCGCGCUGCAGGUCGCCGAGGAUGUGGUCAGGAACACGAGCGUGGUUAGUACGUACUUGAUGAAGGAGAUGAUGUAUAGGGAUGCGGGGAGUCCGGAGGGCCAGCAUUUGCUCGACUCGAGGGUCAUCUACGAGCUGUUUGGGAGCCCCGAUAAUACUGAAGGCGUCCAGUCCUUCUUGCAGAAGAGGCCGGCACAGUUCUCGGGGACCAUGGACAAUACCAACGUCACUGGAUACCCGUGGUGGAUGCCCAUCGACACGUUGGGGAGGGCCAAGGUGGAUCCGUCAGGGAAGCCUAAGAUCUAA